GGUAGGACAGCGGGCACUUGGUCACCAGGCAUCAGGUCAUUUGGCUCGCCAGCGGGCACCGCGUCAUCUGGCAAGGCAGUGGGCACCGAGUCACCAGGCACGACAGCGGGCUCUGAGUCAAUUGGCACGACAACGGGCACCGGGUCAUCAGGUACCGGAUCGUCUGGCACGACAGCAGGCACCGGGUCAUCUGGUGCUGGAUCGUCUGGCUCGACAGCAGGCAUCGGGUCACCAGGCAUGACAGCGGGCACUGGGUCAUCAGGCAUUGGAUCGUCUGGCUCGACAGCGGGCAUCGGGUCACCAGGUAUGACAGCGGGCACCGGGUCAUCAGGUACCGGAUCGUCUGGAUCAACAGCGGGCAUCGAGUCAACUGGCCUAAUAGGAUCAUCAGGCUGGAUCAGCUAGAAUCAGAAGCAUCAGGCCGGGUAGAGGCAUCAGGCUGAAUGG